UUGCCAUUUACAGUGGCGAGACCCAAAGAUGUCCGGGAGGUGCUUUACAGUGCAAAAAUUCAUAAAAAUCUAUCAGAUAUAUCCCGGUUAAACGUUGUCCCGGGAUAAAUUAGAUUCCUCUGUCAGAAAAUGCACUGUAGUAGCUUUGCGCUCAUUCAUUUCGAAUCUGAACUUGAUGCUUCGACUUUUUACUAUGUUUAUCGUAUUCAGAAAAAGCUUAUAUGCAAAAGACUUGAAGGAAUAGGAGUAAACCCAAGUCUAUUAGAUAACAAGCCUAUUAAUUAAAAUAAUUUUCAAGUACAACCACGAAUUAGCUCAUCCUCAAAAUUGAUGUGCCAUUGCUCUAUCGCUCUUGGUGCUAACAUUAGCAAUGAUUCCACCGCAAGUUUCAGCAACAAUUCAACAUCUAAUGCCAAUCCAAGCAACCGUAACGUCGAUACGCCUAUCAUUUCUACAACUGAUGCAAAUAAUCAUGAAUCUAGUACAGCAUCAACAAAUACUAAUCCAUAUACGACAGCUUCUACUAUUAUUAGUACAAGUGACGACUAUAACGAGGAUAUUGAAAAGGCUAAAUCAAAAAUUAAAGAACAAAUCAAAAGAAAAUUACAGGAGGUUGAGGUAUUACAGAAAAAGUUAAGACGAUUAGAGGAUUUUUAAUGCUUCGUUUAUCAUUUUAAGUCCUCUCACAACGAAUAUUAUUCUUAUUGUUAAGAGAAACACUAUUUGUUUGCUGUUAAAUUUAUAUUACAAAAAUAAAUUAUUUCAUUUAAUAUGUUCUCUUA